CGUGGUCAGGUUGCUGCCUGCGCUUAUCAUGACAGACUAAGCCUUACCUCGGUACUAAUAUUACACGCAAAGUUCCAUCAAAUACGUAGCUGUCAUUGGCUGAAAUUCGCGUCGCGCUUUGCAGAUGCUGCCUAUGCCAUCAAGGCCCAGAGUAGCUCAUUCUGCAUAAGGAUGUCAACCCCCCACUACUAGAAUACCAGUGCCAUGUAUCGACAACACAAGUCUGACACAGAACGAUGCCCCCAACACUGGUUACCAUCACUCCCGAGCUGCAGCUCUCGAUUGUCGAACUCCUCUCCUUCCAAGAUCAUAUCAAUUUGAGCAGUACCUGUAAAGCCCUACGGUCUCUACUCGUCCCCUUCAUAUUCGCGAAGGUCCCCCUGAAAAACACAGAGGAAAGUGGGAAGGCCGUAAACGAUUUCAUCCAAGGCCCCUAUGCCUCGCAUAUCAAAUCCAUCCAUCUUAAAUUCAACGCGCCCGGCCCCCAAGAAUGGGUUGAUCUGGAGUCAAACUACCCCGCGGACGAUCAGAGUGUACUCGACGCCGUCAUCCCCGAGUCUGUGGAGCAGGUUCUGUCCAAUACGUCGCUUCUACCAGGUAUUGAUAGCCUAAUCAUCGAGGUACCGACCUGGACCGAAGCGGAGAUGCGGACUGCAUUCUAUCUCUUCGACCUCGUAGAAUCCGACACUGCAGUCAUUGAAGACGAGCGUAUUCAUGCAUGGCGAAGACUCAUGGCGCGAACCUAUGAGCUCGUUGCAGGGUUUGAUACGAUCCGACAUCUUGAAAUUCGCGAACAUGUGCCAAAACUAGUGUCCACUUGGAAUACGCCUGCUUUCCAGAAAAUGCUGAGUGGACUGAAAAGUUUCACAUUCACAUUGCGUGGUGCGGAGAACGGAGCGGGAUGGAAUCUGGAUACGUGUGUUGGCUGGGUCAGCACCACGGAAGCGUAUGGACGAUAUCUAUUCGAUCAUCUAAUAAAUAUCGAGACGCUAGAGAUUGAGAGCUGUAACGAGGCACCUUUGGGGCUAAAGUCUAACAGCGAAAGGUGGUUUGCAGAGUUCAAAGUUCAACCGUUCAUCAUGCCGAAACUUCGACAUCUGACCCUGAAGUACGUCUUGCUGUGUCCUGAGCUGAGGGACCUGAUAUGCGCGCAGUCGGAGGUUUUAGAAACAGUCAAGUUGAUCAACAGUGGUAGUGAGCCGCAUGGGUAUGAUACGGAAGAGUCUCCAACUUGGGCAGAAUUUCUGGAUGCUAUAGCAAAAGCUGCUCCUAAAAAGUUGCGAAGCUUCCAAAUUGUGAUUGAGCAGAGCUCAGAUGAAAAUAAGACUCCGCAGGAUAAUAUUACGAGUAAAGAACAUUUGGUAUACUAUUGCUGGGAUACGAAGUAUGGUAGUAUGCCUGUGGAUUAUUGGGAGAGGCCACAGGACGAUGAUCAGCAACAGAAGGAUGAAAACGCUUUCGAUAAGCUCAUGGCUAUCGUCCAAGCGAAUCAUGGAAGGGAUGCUCUAGAAAGCUGAUCGCAGCCAUUUUGAGCAUUAAAGCUUUUUUGCCGAGGAGUUUCUUGCCAUCAGAGGAGAUUAUGAUCUACCUAUGCAGCUUCGUCUUUCCUCGUCGUUCGGACCUUGACACUUCCAUCUUGCAAACCAAAGUAAACUGCGACUGGCUUCUGUCCGCCGGUCAAACCAGCCCUAGUGGCUUCCACACCAUCCAUGCCGCAGAAUAAGCCGACUUCUAGUACGCCAGUAAUUUUCUUGAUGGCGCGGCUGAGCUUCCCGACU